CUGGGUAUUGUGCACAAACAGUUACAAACAUUCUCUUAAUACAACGGAACAAUAUGUUUUCAACGGCAUCGAAAUAUGGUUGGAAGGAAAUACUGUGCUGUAUAGUAUUGGCGGCGUCCUGCUUCCUUCUCGGCUACAGAAUAUCCCGCAUCAUCAGUCCGGUCGAUCCGAAAAACUGCGAUAUAUUAUCCAACAACCGGGACUGCACCCUGGAAUUCAUCGGCUACGAAAGCAGCGCCUUCGAAUUCUUAUGGCUCAACCACAUCCUCGAAUGGCAAGGGGACCCCUGCGCCCAGUUCCCCGCCCAACGCCGCCAGGCCGACGCCUGGGUCACCUACACCGCACGGGCCCAGUACCGGCGUCCGGUGAAGCCGGCACCCAAGGGUAUCUUCAGCGCCUUCCGCUACCGGGAUAUCUGUGACGAACAUGAGGUCCGCGUGCCCAUCGAGCCCUUGGCGAUGGUAACCCGGCAUCCGUACACGUGUCUCCCGGAUCCCGUUUCCACCGCGUCGUACCAUGAGCGGUACGCGGCGGAUAAGGAGUACCUGUUGACGGCGUGGAAUGCACCGGAGACGGCGGCAGGGAAGGCGUAUUAUUUUGAUCUGGGCGCCAGCACCUAUGACACCGGACCCGGCGGUGCCAGCCAGAAAUGGAUAGUCGAUCAGUACAAGCUGCGCGGCGUGGAUUUCCACCGGAUCUUCGCCUGGGAAGCCAAACCCUACGACCCCGAAACCAUCUUCCAAUCUAUCCCGGCGGAGCUGCAUCACACGUACCACUGGUACAAUUUCCCGGCGUCCGCCAACCCCGACAGCCAUCGCAAUCCGUGGAAUACGUUACAGCGCGUCGUCAGCGCCGAGGACUUUGUCGUGGUCAAGAUGGAUAUUGACACGCCGGAGAUUGAGAACCGUUUGGUGCGGCAGUUACUGGCUGAUCCACAAUUGCAGGUUCUGAUUGAUGAUUUUUAUUUUGAACAUCAUGUGAAUGCCACGCCCAUGUCGGCGUUCUGGGGACCGAUUAAGGAUCUGUAUCUUAAAGAUACGUAUGAGAUUUUUCUGGCGUUAAGACAAGCCGGGAUUCGAGCGCAUUCAUGGGUAUAAAAUAGCGGCACGGUUGUGCAGUACUUCUGUUUGUUUCGUUAUGCAUUUGUUUGCUUUUUUGUGCAUUUCUUUAGAGUCUUAGAGUUGGGGUCAAAUUGUAAUGAAGUUUGCGAAAUACAGCAGAAAGUGUACCGGCGCAUAAGUAAAACACGCUUUUAUAUGUAUAAAAAUUCUGCUUAUUUUCCGAUCUUCUAUGAACUCUCAUCGAAAAAGCCGCCUGUGUAGCCUAAAGCUUAAAAGGUGGAA